AUGAACAGAUUUAAAAUCCCAACUACUCAAAAAGCAGUAAUCUUUUCCACUCUAAAUGGUCCACUCGAGUACAAGUCCAUUCCCGUGCCCAAACCUGCGCCAAACCAGCUUCUCGUGAACAUUCACUACUCGGGAGUUUGCCACUCUGACUUGCACGUCUACAAAGGUGAGUUUGGCAAGACUUUACCUAAUCUCCCACUCGUAGGUGGCCACGAAGGUUCGGGAGUCGUUGUUGGAUUCGGCUCAAAUGUCACAAACUGGCAAAUCGGUGACCUUGCUGGUGUCAAACUCAUUAAUCACACGUGUGGUACCUGCGAGCAUUGUCAGCAAUCACAAGAGACUGCUUGCGCAGACUCUCGGCUCUCGGGUGUGCAUAUCAAUGGCACAUUCCAGCAAUACUGCAUCGUUGACGCCUUACAGGCAACAAAAUUACCACGUGAUAUAAAUCUACCUGCUGUGGGACCAAUAUUGUGUGCGGGCAUAACGGUAUACAAGGGCUUAAAAGCAUCACUAGCGAAACCUGGUCAAUGGGUCGUUAUUUCCGGUGCUGCAGGAGGAUUGGGCUCGCUUGCCGUGCAGUAUGCGAAAGCCUUAGGCUUGAGAGUUAUUGCAAUCGAUGGUGGCGGUGAGCCGAACGAGAAGGAAAAGUUUGUUAAGGAUUUAGGGGCAGAAGUAUACAUUGAUUUCACAAAAAGUGCUGAUGUCGUAAAGGAAGUUCACCAACAUUCGGGAAGUGGCGGAGGCGCUCAUGCAGCAUUAAAUGUCUCCACUUCUGAAGCUGCAAUUCAACAAAGCAUCAACUUUGUUAGAUCUCGCGGCACAGUGGUGCUUAUUGGUUUACCAGCAGAGGCCAAGAUUAAAAUACCAAUAUUGCCCACAGUAUUGAGACAAAUCACCGUGAAGGGUUCCUAUGUGGGAACAAAUUGGGAUACUCAUGAAGCAGUUGAUUUCUUUGCAAGAGGUUUGAUCAGAUGUCCUAUACAAAUAGUUGGCUUGAGUGAGCUUGAAAGAGUUUUCAAAUUAAUGGAACAAGGUAAGAUUAUUGGUCGAUAUGUUGUUGAUACAUCCAAGUAA